AUGAAAUAUCUGGAAAAAGAUGCGGAAGAGACCAGACAUCAUUACGAUGAUAGGGAUUAUGGCUCAUCGAGAAGAGACUACCGAAGCAGAACCCACUUAGUGACUUUCGCAUGCAAAAAUGAAAAAUCGAGAUUCAACAUGCUGUUAGUAAGGGCAUGCUACCUAAAUGAGGAUGAUGCGAAAAAUAAUGUAAAGAAUGCAUUAAGAGUAUGGAUACAGUUUGAAAAAUGGACCCCAUAUAAGAACCCCCUAAAUGGAAAAUAUAAAAAUUAUAAUAUGCCAAGAAAUGAUUAUAACAAAUAUUCCUACCGACAUGAACACACCAUAGAUAAAGGUAGUUAUUCACGGAGCUACAGAAACCCACCCUAUGAUGAUUACCCAAAACAUAGAACUGAUUCUUACAGAUAUAGUGGAAAUGCACAUAGAAAAAUCACCCCCCUUUCAAAUUAUUACCAUCAUAAUGCCGAUGAUAGAAGUCGAAGAAAUUAUGACAAUGUGAAAAAUUCCUAUGGAAAUAGAUCCCCUUCUCCUGCUCCACAAUCACAUUACAACAAAUAUAAGAAAAAAUAUUCCCGUUCUCCGACCCCUAAAGAUUAUUAUAAAAAGAAAUUUAGAAGAUCCAGAUCGCAUGACAUACGCAAGGAGGAAAGGAAUUCCCACUGGCGUAAAGAUAAGAGCAGAGCAUACCAUUAG